AUGUGCCCGCGCGUGAAAUUCAGUUUGGAGUACGAGGACAAGCACGGUCACCACGGCGUUCAACAUGUUCGAAAUGUGGAGCGCGGUGAGUUCCAAAUUGGAACACUCCGCGACUUCCUCAGGUUCGCCGCUACCCCUUACAUCUCAUACACCUCAAACACCUCAUACGUCGUCAGGCAGCAUAAAAGAUUUAAAGAGGAGGGAAUGUAUCAUGGUUUGUGA